CAAUCCUUCCAGCGCGCGCAACUUAAUUCAGGAAGUACGCAUUUUGUUGCGUUUACGAGCUAGACAGAAAAGUCUUCAUCAAUUAUAAAACGCAUACGUCUCUUGUGUGAUAACAAACACAGUUAAACUGAAAAUGUCCGCUGCUUCCGACUCCACACAUAACGUUAUAUCGUCUCUCGGGAAGGGGGACAGCUUGCAUCAUCAGGUUGUCGCCUCCCUGCCUCUGUGUGACGUCACCGAGGAGGAUCUGACUCAGAACCCCCAGUUGUGUAAACUUCUGGCCACCCUGUCCCAACAUGUGGACCAACAUGGACUCACGGUCCCACUGAAAACAGAGCUGGAAAAGGCUGAGCAGAAGCUGCAGAGCCAGAGGCGUCACUGGCUGCGCUCCGAGAGUCUCCACAAAGCGCUGCAGGAGAUGAUCCAGGACCACUGUAUCCGGAAGCACCACGCCACUGUGCCCCCCGACCAGAGCAUGUUUUAUGAAACAAUGGAGAAGUGUCUGCUGGUGGCGGAGUGUGUCAAACAGCUGGAUCCCAGCAGCACCACCGAGCAGGACCAGCCCUCUGUUCUGGGUCUGAACCCCCAACAGAUUCUGGAGCUCAUGCCAUCAGAGAAAAAUGUUCAAAGAAUGAAACAGAGUCUUCCCAGAGAGUUAGAGAAACAUCUGAAGAAAAAGUGUCUGAGCCUCCUUUCUUACUAUCAACCUGAAUGGGAGAAUGAGAGCGAAGGUCUGAAGAACAGCAAGUUGUCUCACCUGUCAGCCCAACUGGAGCGAGAGAAGAAAAGGGCAGAGAGUCUGAAGGAGACCUCUCGGGAGAACUCGGUCCUCCUGCAAAGACAGACACAUCUCUAUGUCUCUGAACUGAUCAAGUGCAUCCAGCUUCUGCAGUCCCUCAUCUUGGACCACAGGUUAAGGAUCCAGACAGAUUUGGACCGGAAGAAGUUAGAAUAUUUUGAGGGAAAAUGUGAAUUAGUCUUGCAGAAGAUCAAGACUGAGAUGGUGGAGAUUCAGCUGGACACGUACACAGUGGACUCAAUAUCUGCUCAUAGAAAAAUAAGAGGGACGCUGGAGUCCGAGCUAAAGGCCUGUCAGGUGGAGAAGCAGUCAGUUGAGAUGAAACUGGCCUCCUUUGAGAUCUUGGGAAAAGAGUUUGAGGCCCUGGCCAAGGAGUACUGCAGAUUGCGGCAGGAGAUCGAAAUGAAUAACUGGGCUCUGAACGAGUUCAGCCAGUGCACGGGCAAGUGAGGAUCAUGUCUGAUGCCGGGACAACAGCCAGCUGGUACCGUGGCACAUUGUGCCAUCGCUCACAUUGAUGCUGGCUUUCGGACACUUGACACACAAACGACUUUUGAACCUCAGGAACUAUGCAGCAUGUAAAUUACUGAGUGGCUCCCGUUACAGGUCCUACAAAUGGAUUCAGUUUUUCUGAUAGUAAUCAGCAUUUCUUCUGUCUUUAUUUCUGCCACAACCCAUUUAGAGGUUAAGGUGUUAAGGUUAAGCAUUCAUUACUCUUUUAAUAAGAUGCAGCUUUACAUUAUGAAAUAACUAUCUUCCACAUGAUUGGGGGAUGCCUUUUGAUUGUUUUCUGCAUUUCUAUAUGAAAUAAUAAAUAUUAUGUAAUAAUUUCAUUACAUCAAUACAUGGUAAAAUGUCUGGUGUUCAUAAUGUGUUGUGCUGUAAACAUGUGAAUAAACUAAAAGUAGCAAAUCUG